UAUCCUUUGAGAUAUGUCAUGGACAAUGAAGAGGUGUGGAUUCAGAGUGUGUUCUUCUUUCUAUGCUUUUUUUUUUUUACACACAAUUCAAGAAUGUAACUUGUGGUGUUUUUUUUUCUUUUAGGCUCCAUCUAAUUUUCAUUGCUUUGGUUCUUUGGGGAGAUGCAGAUGGAUUUGAAGUGUGGAACAGAACCUCAAUUGGGGAUUGGCCCGCUGGACAUUUUAAUACCACUGGGAACCAAAAUUUUCAACUUGCUACACGUGUUCAACCUUUUGGGCUACUAGACAGAAAAGAUGCAAAUGGAAAUGUUGGAGAAGGAAAUUCUGGAAGUGCUCUUCUUACUUCUGAAGUCCAAACUGCUGAACAUGAUUCUAGUUUUGUUCAGUCUUCUGGUGGUCCUGAAAACUAUGGCACUUUGCUUUCUCAAUCCCAGUCUGCAGCCACUACAAACCAGGCAUAUGGAUCCCAAACCCAGUCAUCAUACCAGCUUAACUCUAUAAAACCUGUUUCUGCAAGCCAGACUGCUUCUACAUUUCAGUUUCAGCCCAUGGGUGGUUCAACAAUGAAUCAAGGGUCUGUCUCCAGCAGGUACAACAUUUCAAAGGACAAGCGCAUUUCAUCCUGUUUCCAGUCUGUGCUCCCCUCAAACCAGAUAUCUAGACCCCAAACUCAAUCAUAUCAGCCUAGCACCACAACACAGGUUUCAGCAGGUCAGUCUGCUUCCACUUCUCAGGCUCAGUCCAUGGGUGCAACAUUGAAUCAUGGUCGAACCUCUGGCAGGUAUUUGACUUCAUUGGAUCAGAGCAUUUCAUCCUCCUCCCAGUCUGUGGUUGCCAGAAACCAAAUCUCUGGAUCCCAGAUACAGUCAUACCAGCCUAGCACCACAACAUGGGUUUCAGCAGGCCAGUCUGCCUCUCAGGCUCAGAGUAUCUAUGGGGCUGAAACACCAGGGCCUGCUAAAUGGUACCCCAUUUUACCUGGUCAGAUGAUUCCAUCCAAUUCCCAAGUGUCUGAAAUCCAGAUGCAGUCCUUACCUAGCUCAACACAAGUUUGGGCAGGUCAAUCUGCUUCUACAUCUCAAGCACAGUCCAUGGGUGCUUCAACAUUGUAUCAAAGUCUAACUUCUGGCAGGUAUUUGACUUCACUGGACCAAAGCAUUCCAUCCUCCUCCUCCCAGGCUGUGGUCACCAGUAACCAAAUAUCUGGACCCCAAAACCAGACCUCAUACCGGCCUAGCACUACAACACAGGUUUCAGCAGGCCAGUCUACUUCUACAUCUCAAGCACAGUCCAUGGGUGCUUCAGCAUUGUAUCAAAGUCUAACUUCUGGCAGGUAUUUGACUUCACUGGACCAAAGCAUUCCAUCCUCCUCCUCCCAGGCUGUGGUCACCAGUAACCAAAUAUCUGGACCCCAAAACCAGACCUCAUACCGGCCUAGCACUACAACACAGGUUUCAGCAGGCCAGUCUACUUCUACAUCUCAAGCACAGUCCAUGGGUGCUUCAGCAUUGUAUCAAAGUCUAACCUCUGGCAGGUAUUUGACUUCUCUGGACCAAAGCAUUCCAUCCUCCUCCUCCCAGGCUGUGGUCACCAGUAACAAGAUAUUUAGACUCCAAAACCAGACCUCAUACCAGCCUAUCUCCACAACACCAGUUUUGUCAGGGCAGUCUGCUUCUGCCUCUCAGAUGCAGUCCUUGAAUUUGUCAACCUUGGUUCAGUGGCAAGCUUCCAGCAGGUACAGGACUCUUCCAUCCUUCUCACAGUCUGGGGUCAGCACAAACCAAAUCUCUGGAUUCCAGACCCAUUCAUCAUACCAGCCUAGCACCACAACACAGGUUUGGGCAGGCCAACCUGCAACUACAUCUCAGGCUCAGAGUAGUUUGGGGGCUGAAACACCAGGACCUGCUAAAUGGUACACCAUAUUACUUGGUCAGAUGACUCCAUCCUCUUCCCAAGUGUCUGGAAUCCAGAUGCAGCCCUUAAACCUACCUAGCUCAAUGCAGGUUUGGGCAGGUCAAUCUGCUUCUACACCUCAGGCACAGUCCAUGGGUGCUUCAGCAUUGUAUCAAGCUCUAACCUCUGGCAGGUAUUUGACUUCACUGGACCAAAGCAUUCCAUCCUCCCAACCUGCUAUCCUUCCAAACCAAAUGUCUGGAUUUCAGACCCAGUCAAUAUACCAGCCCAGUACCACAGUACAAGUUCUGGCAGGUCAUUCUGCUAUUGCACAGGCUCAGUCCUUGGGAUCAUCCUACCCAAGUCAAACUUCUGGCAGGUACACAAUUUUGCAAGGUCAGAUAAAUCCACCCUCUUCACAAGUGUCUGGAUUCCAGACCCAGUCAUCAUACCAGGAUAGUGCUGCAUCACAAGAAUCUGCAAGCCAGAGUGAUACUAAAUCUCAGGCUUACUUCCAGCGUACUUUGCACCAGUAACACUGCAACAUUGGGCCCUCCUGACCAGCUCAAAUGUGCUGCAAUCACUGAGGACUGUUGAGCUGUUUAAAUAUUUGCUCAUUUGAGGUACUUUAUUGGUUAAUUGGAUGCUUGUCUGAGUAUUUGUUAUAAUGGAGAAUGCACAAUUUGACUGUCAAAAGACUGGUUUCUUUCUUUCAAGUGAAUAGCUCUUCUGUUGAGGUGUAAUAGGUUUCUCAGUAUUUGGUGUUAUUUCAAUCUCUAGCACAUGGUUCUUAUUUUCAAACACCUACCAUUUAUGGUUCCAGAACAGUUUCAACAUUUUCCCUAUGAAAUAUGUUCAUCAGAAUAAAUCAGUGUGGUGUUUGGAGUACUAGAAAGUCUAACUAGUUUUUGUUUGAAACUUGUACAGGUUUAAGAUUUGACCCAAACUAAAUUAAAAUGAUAG